ACAUGGCGGAAAGAAAUUGAUAAAUAUUGUCUGCAACAACGAUUUUGUAUGUGUUUAUGUCUCAGACAACAUGGUAGUGGUGGCAGGAAUGGGACUUGGAGUAUUACUAGUGCUGAUAUUUUGGAGUCUUGGUAUUAUAGGAUGUGUCGUUUUGUCAAGAGCCUCAGGGGGGUUGAAAAAUGCAGUGGUAGGGAUAUUCUUUCUUCUUGUUCUUCUCACUGUGAUUUUGGUUCUCUGGCCAAGAAAAACUCCUGAGGAAGAAUUGGCAGGAUCUACAGAAAAAAAGAUUGAAGUUGAUGAACUGAUUAUUCCAAAGACAGUCCUGUUUGUGUUCAUCUGCAUAUUUUCAUUAGUGGCUUUUGUUUUCCUUCUUUUGCACUGGAUGGAACCAAUUUAUUCACCUGCCCUCACCUCCAGAAAAACCUAUGCUUUCUAAAUAGAAAAUCAUCAUUAAAAGAGCCUUGCAGAUGGAAUCAUAAGUUCUGCAUGCUACAAACACCCAGUGAUGUGCAAUCCAUAUUAGGAAAGCCUGUGCCUUGCUCACUUAUUGUCCAGGGCCCACUUUUAUGAAGGUCCUAUUCCAGUUAGCAAAAAAGGUUCCAAAGUUGAAAAGAGCUGGGCACUACAAGACUUGGCACUAUUCAUCAUCACAGGGCCUCAGAUGAAACAAUGCUAAACUAUCGGCAUUUGGAGAGGAAGUACUAUGAUGCUGUUGAAGACUGUUUUAGAGUACCACAAAGGGUAAACAGACUGUGUGGUACAAAAAUGGUACGGACUAGAUGAACUCAAAAGCAUAGAAAUGAAAGGAAGUCUUUUGCCAAAUCAAAGCAAAACAGGUCAUAACAGAUGAUCAAAAAGUUUGUCAAGAGGAAACUCAUGAGAGUAAAAACAUUUUUUUUUUUAGCCAGAGUGCCUCUUUCUCUUUUCGUUGAUUUACAAGAUGUGUCAAGUACAGAAACCUUCUGUGAAAGGACGACUAAAGGUCAGCCAGUAUUACGGCUGUUAAUUUUUUAGAGGCUCGCAGACAUAAGUUGCAAGCUCCUGUAGCACAUGCAAGAGGAGCCUUAGGUGCGCGUAACUCGCCCUAUGCGCAAGCUUCAUGCCUCUUUCCCUUCCCUUGAAAUGCAAGAGAAGGAGGCCAGUUUUAGCUUAAUUAAGGGUCGGAACAGUUUAACUUUGUAAGUUUUGUUUUGUGUUGUUUCGCAAGCAAUCACAAAACAAGCGUUACAGGCAUCGAUUUAUUUUUCGCUCAACUGACCUCUAUUUAAUUGCGAACUAAGAUUAAAAAAACAAACAAACAAAUAAAAAACAA